AUGUAUGUGAUGCAGAGCUCGGGCUAGGGCUCGUUCUUCUCAAUUUCUCUGCAGCGCGCGCUCUGCCUUCGACCCAGCAUCGAACCAGGAACUUCCAGCGAAGUAGAGGAAGCAGUGAUUGAGGAUUAGGAGGAUGAGCGGAGGAGGAGAGAAAGGGUCGGCCACCACGAAGACCCCCGCGGAUUUCCUGAAAUCGAUUCGCGGGAGACCGGUUGUUGUCAAGCUGAACUCUGGAGUUGAUUAUCGAGGUAUUCUAGCCUGCCUGGAUGGAUAUAUGAACAUAGCAAUGGAACAGACGGAAGAGUAUGUCAAUGGACAGCUGAAAAACAAUUCUGUACAUCAGCACUUCAAAGCGGACUCUAGCAGAUGGGGCUUAGCGUUGAUUGUUCCAUGUAAUGUAGCAAUGCGGAGUUAAUGUAGCCAUAACUUUUGAUGGGUACAUUCUUGGUUGCUCUAGAAUCGUGGAAAAGUUAACAUAUUCCAAAAUUUAGAGCUGAUUUGUGAUUCCUACUGAUAAUUCUGCAUCUCAUUAAAUCGGUCUGUGAAUUGCUUGAAAAGGACUUAUUAUGCCCUGGCUCUUCCUUAAGUAGCAUGUCAUCAUAUGUAUGUGGCUGUUUGUGUAUUGCCAAAUGGCUUUAUGUUGUCCUGUUUAUGAAGAAGGCGAAUUGCAUUUAAGCAUCAACCUUGAAUGCCAUCUAUCUAUGUCUGUAUAAUUGUUUCUA